AUGCAUCCUCACUUGCAUCGCGAAGAUCAGACUGGCUGUGAAGCGGUCAUGAUCGCCCUCGAAGAGUGCCACGCGAAAGGCUUCAUGUGGAAGGCUAUAGGGAUGUGCAGUGACAAGAAGCAGGAGAUGAAUAUGUGCUUGCGGAGAGCUAGGCUCGAGCGGACUGCGGCCAACAGGGAAGAGGCCAAGAAGAAGAGAGAGCACAUGAAGAAGGUCUGGGCAGAGAUCGAUGAGAACUCAUGA